GAAAAUCUCUAAGAGAGCAAAGACCCAGAGCAGGGGUCUCAGGCAGCAACCCACCAAUUCCCUGUGGCCUGAGGUGGAAAACCUUCCUAACACGACCUCGGAGGGUAAUUUAAUUGUCCUUUGAUGACUCUGGAUCUCACUCUGUCUCAGGCCACUGAAGAACAACAGUGACCCCUGGCCUACUGAUCUUCCCUGCAGCUCCAGCUCCUCCUGCCCAGAGCCAUGACCUUCUCGGACCUCUUGGAGCGCGUGGGCAGCAUGGGCCCCUUCCAGUACCUGCACAUAGUCCUGCUCAGCCUCCCGAUCCUUGGCAUGGCCAACCACAACCUGCUGCAGAUCUUCUUGGCCACCACCCCUGCCCACCACUGUCGCCCACCCCCCAACGCCUCCACAGGGCCCUGGGUGCCCCUCCUGGGCCCCAGCGGGAAGCCCGAGAAGUGCCUCCGCUUGGUGCACACACCCAACGCCAGCAUGCCCAACACCACCCAGGUGGCCACUGAGCCCUGCCUGGAUGGCUGGGUCUACAAUACCAGCAGGGACACCAUCGUGACAGAGUGGGACCUGGUGUGCGACUCUGCCAAGAUGAAGGAGAUGGCGCAGUCGGUCUUCAUGGCAGGCAUCCUGAUCGGAGGCCUGGUGCUGGGGGAGCUGUCUGACAGGUUUGGCCGCAAGCCCAUUUUGACCCUCAGCUACCUCCUGCUGGCCACCAGCGGCUCGAGUGCAGCCUUCAGCCCCAGCCUCCCAGUCUACAUGGUCUUCCGCUUCCUGUGCGGCAUGAGCAUCUCCGGCAUCUCCCUGAGCACCGUCAUCCUGAAUGUGGAAUGGAUGCCUACCCGGAUUCGGGCCAUCUCGUCCACAGCCAUCGGCUACUUCUACACCUGCGGCCAGUUCCUCUUGUCUGGCCUGGCCUAUGCCAUUCCCCAGUGGCGCUGGCUGCAGCUGACUGUAUCCGUGCCCUUCUUCAUCUUCUCCCUGCUGUCCUGGUGGAUCCCUGAGUCCAUCCGCUGGAUGGUACUAUCUGGAAAGUUCACGAAGGCUCUGCAGACUCUGCAGCGUGUGGCCGCCUUCAAUGGCAAGAAGGAAGAAGGGGAGAAGCUCAGCAUGGAGGAUCUGAAGUUCAGCCUGCAGAAGGACAUCGCCUUGGCCAAACUCAAGUACGGCAUCCUGGACCUGUUCCGAGUGCCCAUCCUGCGGCGCGUGACUCUCUGUCUCUCACUGGCAUGGUUUUCCACUGGCUUCGCCUACUACAGCUUGGCCAUGGGCGUGGAAGAGUUUGGGGUGGACAUCUACAUCCUCCAGGUCAUCUUCGGGGGGGUUGACAUCCCCGCCAAGCUCAUCACCAUCCUCGCCUUAAGCUACCUGGGCAGGCAUGUCACCUUGGCCUCUGUGCUGAUCCUGGCCGGAGGCGCCAUCCUGGGUCUCAUCUUCACGCCCGAGGACAUGCACAUCCUGAAGACAUCACUGGCUGUGUUUGGAAAGGGAUGCCUGUCAGGCUCCUUCAGCUGCAUCUUCCUCUACACGAGUGAGCUCUACCCGACAGUCAUCCGCUCCACACCCCUUCCCAGGCAGACAGGCAUGGGCAUCAGCAACAUGUGGACCCGUGUGGGCAGCAUGAUCGCCCCACUGGUGAAGAUCACGGGCGAGGUGCAGCCCUUCAUCCCCAACAUCAUCUACGGGACCAUGGCCCUCCUGGGGGGCAGCGCUGCCUUCUUCCUGCCUGAGACCCUCAACCGCCCUUUGCCAGAGAACAUUGAGGAUUUGCAGCAGUGGUACAAGCCAGCGAAGGAUACCAAGCUGGAGCUGGAGGCAGAAAAGGAGGCCCAGAAGAUACCUUUAAAAUCAAGCAGCCCAGGCCUGGGCCCCAGCUGAACAUAGGGCCCUCCUGCCCUACAGCAAGCCUCGUGGCCCCGCCUGCCUCGGCCCCUGGGCGGGGCCUGGGUGGGUUCGUGCCCCCCACAUAGCCUCCUGUGGGUGCAGUCAAAGCACCCACCUCCUCCUCUGGUGCCUCACCACAGCCAGCCCAGCUGCCUGCCCGCCCCGGCCCUGCUGCCCCGGCCCAGUCUCUCCCCGAGGCCCCGGCUCAGCCCUGGCAGACAGCGUCCCCUUGUUGCCCUCAACCCCUCUCCUGGGUAGGAAAUUUCAAUAAACAGCAAUGAGAACUCAA